AUGGCAAGUAACUGGUCAAUUUGUGGUAUUUGUGAUUUUCGACAUGUCACCAAACCACCUGUGGUAUGGUGCGCAGAAUGCGAUGAAGGGCUUUGUGAUAACUGCAAAGAACACCACAGCAUUUCCAAAUCAUCACGUGAUCAUGACACCGUGCCUAUCGAUGAAUACCAAAACUUACCAACAGAGGUUCUCCAAGUUGCACAGUCUUGCAGAAAACAUAACCAAAAGUACCAAAUAUUCUGUAAAAAACAUGACUGUCCAUGCUGUAAGAAAUGUGUUGUCGAGGACCACAAUGACUGUAAAGAUAUUGUUGAUAUAGACGACGCCAUAAAAAACGUGAAAUCAUCAAAUGCUUUCAAUGAAAUUGAGCUAACCCUUUCUAAAAUGGUCAAGUAUAUUGAAAGAGUAAAGAAAGAUCGUGAAGAACAUUUACUUUCCAUAAAAGAACAGAAAGAACAAAUUGAGACCAAAAUAUUACAGGCAAGGCAGGCAAUAAACAAUCAUCUUGAUUUACUUCAACAGUCGAUAACUGAUACGCUGAGUUUAACCAUUGAAAAGGAAAAUAAAAAUGUUCUUCAUUUCCUGGAAUUAGUUGAAAAAACUGAUAAAGAAAUCAAAGACUUUCAAUCCAACCAUUUGAAAAUAAAAGAACAUGCUUCUGAACUGCAGACGUUUCUUAUUUUAAAACAAAUGGAACACGACAUAGUUACAACGAAAGAAUAUAUACAAUCUAUUAACAAAAGCGGAAGUCUGAACCAUCAUCAUUUUUCUUUAAAGAUCGACACAACUUUAGAGAAGUUAAAGAUCAAUGUUAAAGUAUUUGGAAAAAUUGUUAAUGACACGAGACCAAGUGAUAUUCCCUUUGUAAUGCAUGACGAUAAACAAGCCCAGCUGAUAAUUCCUGUAACAGCCAAGUCUAUAGAUGACUUAACACUCACGUUGGUCCAGUCCAUCACUACGUACAGUGGAAAUGUUACAGGUUGCACUAUGCUCCCAGGUGGUAGAAUGGUGUUUAACUGUUACAGUUAUCCGGCAGGUUAUCUUACUGUAAUUAAACCUGACGGUAUGAAAGAUUUCAAAAUUAAAACCGGAGUUGCUUUUGAUGUUGUAUAUCUUAAAGAUGAUAUUAUAGCUGUAACCACUGGUAGGUUCUCAGAUAAUAUUAAACUGAUAGAUACAAAAUUUAAGAAUGUCAAGAAAACAAUUAAUGUUGGCUCCAGAAAUGAUGGCAUGGCACUAAAAGAUAAAGAUUUGAUAUAUUGUGGAAGAGACAAAGGGUUGAAGAAAAUCAGUUUGGAUGAUGAUUCCGUUAGUACAAUAACGAACUCAAAACUAAGUGAAUUGUCGCACGUAGCAACAUUCAGUGACCAUUUUAUAUAUACAGACUGUCAAACGAACACAAUUACAUGCACUAAUCAGCAAGGACAAGUAAACUGGAUAUUUAAGGAUGAAAGUAUACUGAAGUAUCCAUUUGCUAUAUCUGUAGACAAUGACGGUAAUGUGUAUGUUGUAGGGCGUGAUUCUAGCAAUGUGGUAGUUAUCUCCCCUGAUGGACAACGGCAUAGACAAAUAUUACAUGUAUCGUCAAUGGUAGAUCUCCAAAAGCCGUCUGCAUUGCAUUAUGACCUAGUAACUAACAAGUUGUUAAUAGCGAAUUCGCUAAACAAGGCAUUUUUGUUUAGUGUGACAUCAUAA